GCUGUUCUCAUGCGUGAAUAAGUAAUUUCCAGUAUAGAAAUGAUAGAUGCUCAGUAAACUCAAAAAGAUCACAAACGUCCUCAACAUCUCCAGAACGUAAAUCAUACGGAAUUGUUAAGGUACAUGUAGACGCUCCCAACGAUAACCAAGACGAACGACAUUUCUGAACUCUCCAUACCUCCUUUAUUUACCCGGAAGAUGAAUGCCAACAGUUGUUUCCUGGUUCUUGUGUACAUUGUUUGCAUAAGCGUGUCCUCAACAGCAGGUUUGCAGUGCUACUCCUGUACUGGAUUCAACUCUGGCUUAAACUUCGGCUCUGACCUUUCAUGUGACCCCUCCCAGGAGAACCUAAUCGAGUGUGACCAGAAUGAAUUAGGGUACAACAGCUCUUGUUACCUGCUAAUCGGCCAGACCUCUUACACUUAUUUUGGAAAAUCGUACAGAUACACAACAGUCCAAAGGUCCUGCUUUGUCGCUAUCUCCAGCCUACCUGGUUGUACAGACAGCGACACACCGGACGAAAAGAUAGAUCUGCCGACACUUGCUGGAGUGACAUUUGGCACAUUUAAGUACCGACAAUGCUACUGCACCAGUGACCGCUGCAAUGAUGAAGUAGUAAAGGGAGAUGUGUUCAAUCAGCCGAACGGCAAUGGACGUACAGGGAGUGGCCAUCAGCUGAUCGUCGCAGUUGCCAUGUUCAUAGUUUCCAACCUUCUGUAAAAUACUGACUUUUAGAAAUAUGAAAAAAGAAUACACAUGUACUUG